CCUAUGCCCUUUCGUUAAACGACGUAGAACUCGAGCACUUUCUCAAACACAUUUGAUUCUACGCUUUCAACACGUUCGACGUCGGUUGUCGCAACUGCUUUCUCGAAAAGUCUUCAAUGCCCAUCAAGAGAAAAGACAUGACCUCGUACACCAAGGCCAACUUUGAUACCAUGUCCGUCGAAACCCGCUCCGGCGAGGUCCAGGCUCCGACCAUCCACAACGCGACGACUGGUCCUCCUCCUCCCCUCAUCGACGUCGUCUCCAGUCCCAUCCACCAGAGCCAUGCCGGCUCCAUCCACACCCCUCCGUCCCAUCACUCGUACCACGGCGGCAACGUCGGGGCUUCCCAGCAGCUCCCUUUCCAAGCACCAGCGUACUGCAGCACGACCAUCCACCACCACAACAUGCACGCAUCCGCCACCGGUACCCCGGCGGUACACCACCACACCCACAGCCAGAUGCCCGUGAACCACUACUACGCCGAGCCGCCACGGCUCUACGGGAACGUGGUCCCCGUGCCGCUGCUCCAGCGCUUCCCCGCUCUGAUCCAGUGUCCCGCAUGCCGCGACAUCGGGCCAACGUCGGUCAGGCACGUCCCCGGAAAGGGCACGCACUGGAUGGCGACCUUUUUCUUCUUCACCACCGGGCUGGGCGUCUUCAUCCCCUAUGCUGCGAACCACUUCAAGAAUGCGGAGCACAUGUGCUCCAAGUGCGGCCGCAUCGUGGCCGUGCAGCGCUUCGGCGGGGCGACGCAGGCCAAGCUUUUGUAGGAAUUGGCAUCUGGGGCAAUAAGCGAUAUGGGAGGGGGCAGGGGAUGAUACUGGCAGUAACCAAGGAUCGAGUAGGGCGGGUAUUGUCCCGAUGUUACAUUGAAUAGACGGCCCUGGAGGUCACGAACAGUUGAGGGUUGGCAGGCAGGGCCAGCCUUCUGCUAAAGAAGGAAAGUAUAUCAAGCAACAAGUCUGGCAGAACACCGUGGCAUGAUACUGCGGGCU